GCGGCGAUGCCCGCGGUUUCGCAGCGUUGACCCUGCGCGUCCGUCCUCCGCCCCGCCGUAGGCGAUAGAGCCGGGCCUUGCGGGCGACGGGACGCUGGGAGGAACUGCCACUGGCGCUCGCCGGCUGCACCAUGGUCCAGCUCACUACUCUGCUCCACAAGGCCUACCAUGGGGGCCACUUAACCAUCCGUCUUGCCCUGGGUGGUUGUACCAACCGGCCUUUCUACCGCAUCGUGGCUGCUCACAACAAGUAUCCCAGGGAUGGCCGUUUUGUGGAGCAGCUAGGCUCCUAUGAUCCACUGCCGAACAGUCAUGGAGAGAAGCUCGUUGCUCUCAACCUGGACCGGAUCCGGCACUGGAUCGGCUGUGGGGCCCAUCUCUCCAAACCUGUGGAAAAGCUUCUGGGUCUUUCUGGCUUUUUCCCUCUGCAUCCCAUGGUGAUCACAAAUGCUGAGAGGCUGCGACGGAAACUGGCACGUGAACUCCUCUUAGCAUCUCAGAAAACAGAUACAGAGGCUACAGAAACAAAAGCAAGCUGACUUCAGUGAGCAUAGUAGCAUGAACAAGGUCAAAGUCCUCUUAAAACACUUAUGCAGAGUUCUUAGUUUUAUUAGAUUUAGAGGUCAAUAAAUG